AUGGCAGGUCUCGGAAGAAGAUCAAACGAAGAAAUCAAUGCAAUUUUGAAAAAGAUUAUGCCCGAAUGCGAUUCAGAAUAUGCGAGGUACCCAAUGGCGUACCCACGUUGGCUCAAACUUGGCGAAAAAGGUCCCAAAGGUGAACCUACAUGGAUCAAGAGCGACCAGAAUGCGGGAAUCAAGAAAGACUACGUGUAUGGAAGAGGUCCCGGUGGUCCAGCUUAUUACCACUUGCUGACGACGAAUGCUUAUGUCAACCUAUACACGAAAGUUUCCAACGCAAGGCCAGGUGGUUGCUGUGCCUUCUCGGCCGAAGCCAGAGAAAAAGUGGACGAGUGGGACUGUGCCAAUCGAAUUCUGCACGCUCGACAUGUAUCCAAGAUCCCAAAUGAUGGUGAGGCGGCCAAGGCACAGAUGGCAUCGGCAAAAGACUCGGCACGAGUUCAUUACGAUGCCAAUGUUAUGCAAGGAAAUUUUGGCGGAGGGGCAGGACCGGGUAUGUAG